GGACGGGCUCCACCGUCAGUCACGUGGUGGGUGCUCUCCCAGGCGAACGUGCAGGACCGUGUGCCACCAAGUUUCUUCCAAACUGUCAUUUUGCAGCUUCUCACCGCGUACUUUGUAGCCAUUUGUUGUCGGUCUCUGCCUGGCUAACAAGGGAUCCUGUCUAGAGCGAGUGACAUUUAGUGAAGUGAACGUGAAAGUGUUAUUUUGGACUGAGGGGUCGUGUUUGGCGCGCGUCGUGGCCCCACGUGGUAUACUUCAGUGUGUCAGUAUCUUGCUCCAGCUGUGCCCUUUUCACUUCAUAGGAGGCGAAAUCAGGCCACUCCACGAGUAUUUCUCGAUAUUCGAGAAGAGAAUAAGAGAAGGCAGCAAGCUUUCAUCAGGCAGCACGAUGCGCGUCGCCAAGUGACAGUAGGAGUUGACAGUUGAAAGCUCGUGGAAGCCUCUCGCCGCCUCGCCCGCCCGCACGCCCGAGACCGCGCUGGGAACUACUCAGAAAGGGCCUUUGCGCUGGAGUGAGACAACUUCGACCUCGGACAGAGCGGAUAUUCAAACCAUCAUGCAUUACUUCUCAGACAAUUCCCAGGAUGGAGAACUUUAUAUAACAGGUCGCGAAAGGUCCUCCUCGUCCAGCACAGACGACCCUUCCUCGGGCGGAGACGACUCCUACCUGAGGGCGGCCGCAGCGGCAGCGAGGAAGCGCCGCGGAAACCUACCAAAAGAGUCGGUCAAAAUUCUGAAAAAAUGGCUCUACGACCAUCGCUACAACGCUUACCCAUCCGACGAGGAGAAGCUCCAGCUGUCCCGCGCCGCUAACCUGUCGGUCCUUCAGGUGUGCAACUGGUUCAUCAACGCCCGGCGGAGGAUCCUACCUGAGAUCAUUCGCCGCGAGGGCCAUGAUCCCGAGAAGUACACCAUCACCCGACGGGCCAAGAAGCUGAAGGGCGUGUCCCCCCGAGACCGCAUCGACCCCGAGGAAUACUCCCGCCCCGCCCAGAACGACUACGCCCGCGCACGUCCGAGAUGGGAGUCCGCCGAUCUCCCCGACCACGACUACGACUUCUCCAUGGAGUCCCGGGUAGCGUCGUGGGUGGCAGAACAGCAGAGAGUGUCAGCCAAACCCCAUUACGAGGCCGUGUGCCCCUGCGGCUGUGGCUCCGACGCUGAUCACACUCCAGCCUACAGCGGUUCCACCACUACGCCCACAGCACCAACGCCCACCACCCCCACUUCAGCUCCCAACUUUGCUUCAGAAGUCACGGCACCAGCAACCACCACAACAACAAAUUCUCCGAUAUACACCGAUACAACACACUCCCCCGCAUACACACCCCACGACUCCCCCCUCUACCCACCGUCCACACCGGAGCACUACGUUCCUCAGACAGAAUAUGCUCACCACCCCUACACCACGCCUGCUCAGGUCACCCCGCCACCCACGCCCCCAGAGGACGAUGCCGACAAGUUCAAGUGCUUGUACAUGCUGGUGGACGCUGCCCUCAGUCAGUGGGAGAAGCAGAACGCCUCCCCGCCUCCUCAAGACGCCCUCGACACCACACGGACCUACCUCAGCCUUUAACGCGGCCGCAACAACCAAUGUAACGAGACUAUGCCAUCUGAUUUUUGUAUAGAGUGGAUUGUUGGGCAAGUGCAGUUUCUUGGUUCACUAGAGUACAGAACGACGGGAUUCGUGAGUGAAAAGUCCCUUGGCGUAUCGCUUCCUCCCAACCUGUAUAUAUCUUGCACCUACGGACCAAGUUUAUAUACAGAACAGUCUUUUGUUCUUUUAUCUUUACCUGUGAAGUAUAGGAAUUGCUCACAGUUUAGUGAAUAAUUAUUGGUUCACUUGAUGUCAUGUUGGUUUUUGGUUGUGACUUUAUAAAUUUUAGUUACAAAAGACACCAUUUUUAAUUUGACUGUGUUGAUUGUUAACGCACGACUGUCAGGUAUUUCGGGAUUAGUACAACGAUUCUGAGCCUUGAGGGACACUCUCAAAUUAGGCUCUUGGUCGGACGUCGGAGGAUGAACUCUAACCCUUGGCAGUGAUUUGGUAGUUCGAACAUACUAACCAAAUAAUGAGGUAGCUGUUGAUUUAUGUCCUCUAUAGUACAAUGGAUUACCUUGCAAUGAUACAGAGUUUUUAGUUUUUCUGACCCGUUAUUUUUAGGUGACCCUUGUAUUAUCACGACUUAUCAAGAUUAGUGUAGUUUAUAGAACAUUCCAAAAUUGUUGUUGGUCUGCCCUCACCUCAGAGCAGCGGCCGAGGGCGGGCAUCGCGGCCUCAGGAGCCGUCCUUGCUGGACCUGAAGCCCGCCCGCCGCCCUGCCUCUGCUCUUGUCUCUGCCUUAAAGACAUAUCGCUCAAAGCCCUAAGAAAACGUGUAUACAUGUGCCUUAGUCAUGUCCAUUGCAGAGUCGACUGUUCUCGUAACUGCAAAAGUCUCAUUAAGUUCAAUUACAAGAAAUUACUCUGCUAUUAUUGCCGUAGUAGGAAUCUGUAAAUGUUAUACCUUGCUAACCUUUCAUUUCUUUAAUAUGUAUUAUUUGUUUGUUUCAGUAAAUGUGAUGUGCAUAUCUAUCAUUACUCGUUAGUAAAUUUAAAACUGAUAUUCGCUCUUUAUUUUUUUUAGUAGUCAUGACACGUUAUUUUAUCCACAUCGCACAUACCUGGUUGUAGUCGAAUGUAGAUAAUUGUAUAAAUGUUCUUUCAGAAAAAAAAAGUUGUUAAGAGAUAUAAGUUGAAUAAUGCUGUUUACAGUAUUCACAGACUAUAUACUCAGUUGCUGCAUUUGUUUACAUGUGUAUUAUGCAGUUUUUCAUUUUAUUUUGUACUGAAGCGGUUGCUUUAGAUUCUGAUAUAUUAUAUUUUGGAAGAGUAUAAAAUUCUAUGUAAUGUUAGUUCAUUGGAAUUUAGUGUCCAUGAAGAACUAUCGCUCUAUGAAGCGAGUAGCUAUAUUUGUGUAUAUAUGAAAAAAUGUGCAUUGUUUAUGCAUGUCAUAGUGUGGGUGACAUUGUUCCUCGACCGGGACCUUCGACUUUUGGUCAAAGCGGCGCAGAAGUAGUAUAGAAUGUAGCUGUUACUCAGAGGAGCCCUCAUAGAGCUCUGCUCUCCCCCAGGAACAUAUUGGUGCUAUUUUUUAUUCUCCCAUAAGUAAUGGGCAGGCGAGCCAGGUCCAGUGUGAGGGUCGCGCUCCGUCCGCUGCGACGCACGCGCUGAGUGGGUAGCUGAUUUGUUUAAAAUGUUUUGAUAGGAAUGGACGUGAUCGCACACAGCCUGACGAAGGUUGGGUCGGUCCCCGGGGAGCUUUGUGGCUGGUAGUCGAGUGGGUCGUGUGAGUGUGAUAUUAUCACUUGGGUUUAUUCUUAGUUAGGUCAACGCCCACCUACGCCGGCAGGGGAGGUUCACGGACCUACUUAAUGGGUCUCACAAAUACACUAGUGUAUGGGGAAGUACAAGUCAUUUCCCAGUCUGGUUCAAUACGUAUAUUGCAGUGUAUAUAUAUUACAAUGUUAUAUCCCCUAAAUGUAUAAUAAGAUUUUGAAAAUAUUUUUACAGAACUGCACUAAGCACUUAAGUCAGUAACCAAGAAGGUGAAGUUUAUUGUUUCAACGUAAUUGUCUGUAUAAAGAUGAAUACAAAGUAUUUGUGCCAUUGGUAUUUACAUACCAUGAUAUGCCAACUGCCAUCGUGAGUACUCCAUGCAAGUAGUGAUAACUAUAAUGUUGUUAGUAGUUCAUUGAAUAUAAGAAGUGUGUUCCGAGUGUGACCAUCGUGACCACGGUGCCUUCCUCUCACUUCCAGCCACGCAACUCGUUUCUUUCACCCAUUCUGCUUCCUCAGUUUAUUUGUAACUUGAAUAUGUCUGUUUGAAAAUGUAGUAUAUUUUAAAUCCGUUAAUCAUUAUAGUGUACAUAAAAUGAAUAUUUCUGUUGAGAAUGUGCGAUCGAAGACUGCAAUGGUCGGAGCGUGGGAGGAAGCAACUUGGUCACGGACUUGAGUAGCGCCAGGAACGUAGUCCAUUACUAGCGCGUGUACUGUACAUUAUGCAGAAUAAUUAUAUUAGAAAAUAAAAAAAAUAUCUUACUA